CGGCAAACUGCGAGCAAGUGAAAAUCUGGAGCUUGCGUGGUGGGGAAAGAGAGAAUUGAAGGAUGACUGUGUUCCACUUCUUCAACUGUGCGAUUCUCACCUUCGGCCCUCACGCCGUCUACUACUCCGCCACACCCUUAUCCGAGUAUGAUACACUUGGGACGUGCAUUAAAGCUGCUCUUGUUUACCUUGGGACAGCUUUGGUAAAGCUAGUUUGCCUGGCAACCUUUCUUAAGGUCUCUGAGAAUGAGAGCUUUGAUCCUUAUCAGGAAUUAUUGAAAGCUUUGAUUGGUUUUGUCGAUGUUGCUGGGCUUUACUUUGCUUUAACACAGUUGACUCACAGGAACAUAUCCCAAAAUCAUAAAUUUCAAGCGGUUGGACUUGGGUGGGCUUUCGCUGAUUCUGUUCUGCAUAGACUGGCACCAUUGUGGGUGGGUGCCAGAGGACUAGAAUUCACUUGGGAUUACAUUCUGCAAGGCCUCGAAGCAAAUGCAAACCUUGUGCUGAGUAUAUCACUUGCUGCUUUGGGAUCUUUAAUGUGGCUUCGCAAAAAUAAACCCAAGACUUUGAUCCCCAUAAUAUACUUAUGUGCAGGGAUUGUGGCAACAAUGCCAUCCAUCACAAGCUAUCUGAGGCGAGGCUUGGGGUGGCACCUUCCAAAGGUGGUAGGCUUUGAACUGUUCACUUCCUUGGUGAUGGCGUUUAUUAGUUGGCAACUUUUUGCUGCAUGUCAGAGACCUUCUGCCUGAGAAAAGACGCGUUAGUGCAAAUGCCAGACAAAUGACUGAAGGAAGCUUGCGAAGUCCCUAGAGCUUUGUGAUCUGUUUCAUACCAAUUUUAGUUUCCAUUGUUUUGUUUUUCUCUUUCUUCUAAUUUAAAUCUUAGGUUCCAUUGACUAUAGAAAUAGAAAAUGUCUUAACUUUUGUCCAAGGCUCCCAGACAAUCACAAACCUUGACGGUUUAUACCGGGUGAUGCAACUCAAGAAAUAUUGUUGUCUUCAUAGAGAAUUUGAAAGGAGUUUCAAUGGAUAUGGUUAUGUCGA